CCUGGUUGCAGCGAAAGAAACGAGGCAACGUAUGGUUUAACGUUUGUUCUCUGUUCUCUGGAACGACGCAACAGCCACAGCCUGGUUGGUGGUUGUGAACGAUCUCGAAAGUCGUUUGUUGUCGUUGGUUCAUGAUGAUGACGGAAGCGACGGCGAGGAACGAAAGCAAGAGGUCGUUGUUGAUGCGUCUGAAACCCGAAAGCGUCGACGACAAGGCUUUGGCGCCCAAAAGCAAUGACAUCGACCCCGUUCUCUCCUACAUCGCAAUUGCCAACAAGAACGGCGCCGUUUUGCCCGCCAUCUUGUCGUCGUUGUUCGGAGGAGGAGCACCGGAGGACAGGGGACACCAAUGCGGUGGUCGCCGGAGAAGGAAGGCCACGUGGCAGGCCCUCGGGGCUGUUAUCAAGGGAACCACAUGGAUGAGGAAGGUUAUGAGUAGAAGGAAAGCAAAAAAGGCGAUAUCCAAAUCAACCAGCAACAUGGAAGAAGCUAGUGUUAAAACUCGAAACCCUGGCCGAAUCAGUUUACCCUCUUGCUCUACUUCAGCGAACUCAUCUCCAUUAGCCAUCGCCUCAUCUUCUCAAAGUAGUUCUCCAGUACACAGUGAUCACGCUUCAAGCACUAGCACACAUGAAACAUACUCAACACCACCAUCAAUACAAUUAAAUAAUGGAACUGGUGCAACAAAACAAAAGCAAUGUGGUGUUGAAGAAAGGAAGAAAGUACAUGAGAAUUCAACGACAGCACUUUAUUGCAUGUUUGCAAUUAUUCUAUUUGUUUUGAUUUUGUGGGGUAGGUUUCCUGCUAUACUAUGCACUUCGGUUUUGUUGUAUGUGGUGCGUCCUAGUCCAAGAAAGGCAUGCAACGAGGGGGGUUUGUGUGGAGAGAGUGGGUUGGAUGACUCAGUUCAGAAUAGGAAUAGGAGGAUUAAGGAGAGGAAGCUUCAGAGGAGUCGAAGUCAUGUGUAUUUGUCUUCUCAUGGCUCAAGGUCAAAGCUCGCACUAGGGGGCAAGUCAUUUAAUUUAAGGUUCGUAGGAUAACUUUUUUAUUCAUUUAAUUUCUCUUUUGUAAAUUCUCCUCUCUGGUGCUGGGGUGAGAUUUUGCAACACUCAUUUCGAAUAAUAUUUGAUUUCGGAGUGACAUUAUUUAUA